AUGAACUCUUGGCUCGAUUUCUUCGUCUCUCUGGACAAGUGGGAGAGUACCGUGCUGCUAUUCGUUAAUACAGGGAUUAAUGGUAGUAAUAUGAGAAUGAUGGUAAUAAUAAGAAAUAAUAUAAAGGAAUUAUAUAAAGGUAUUGGUGUAGCUGCAUUAGGGGGUGUACCUGCUGGAGCAUUUUGUUGUAUAUGGGUACCUAUUGAUGUAUGUAAAGAACAAUUACAAACUCAAAAGGAACUUGCUUUAACUAAAUAUAAGGGAUCGAUAGAUGCCUUACGUAGUAAGAGUAUAUCGCAGUUAUAUAAAGGUUACUGGGCUACAUUAUAUAGUUUUGGCCCUUUCUCAGCUCUUUACUUUGCAUUUGCUCAGAGUGCAGCAGGAGCAUCAGCAGCCUUUAUAACUACACCAUUAGAUUUGGUUAAAUUAAGAUUACAAUAUGAAAUUACUAUUGUAUUUGGUAUUAUUACUCUAUCAAUCGAAUCUACAACAAUAUCAUCGGAAAUGCUACAUAUGAAGGAUUUGAUUGAGAUAGAAGAGAACCAUAAGAAUGAGGAUGAUAAUAAUAGCAGGAAUAGGAGAUGGAGGCCCAUUAUGUUUACGUUGGUAUUCCUGUGUAUUAUAGUAUCGAGAGUUAUACUACAUACGGUGGUUAUAAGAUAUGAUAAUGUGAUGGAUUCUUUAUUAUAUACUAAUAAUAUCAACAACAACAACAACAGCACAUACGAGGAUAAUAAUAUCAUUGGUAUACCCCACGAAGGAGAAGGAGGAGGAGGAGAGGAGUACUAUCAGGACUUCAUUCAAGUAUACUAUGAUACAACAGAGCGGCUGUACAAUAUGAGUACAGCUUACUUUAUAGUCAAUACAUGUAUGGGUAUAUGUGGUUGGAGGCUCUUACAGAUAAUACAUGCUCAUCCGAGGAUAGCACUUCUUGAAAUGACCUUCGAUUUUGCUCUCCCUCAUUUGAUUAACUUCAUAACAAUAUUAUUCAUAGUGUUGAUGUUAUUUGCCCAAAUUGGUAAUUGGAGUAUUGGAGCCUCCUUCCCACCAUUCAAUAGUAUAUUCAGUGCUCUGCGUGCAGAAUGGUGUAUGUCUUCGAUACUUCACAAGGAAGAGAAGAGAUCUACUCCUGAGCAUAUGCUGGCCAUCACGAGUACAUGUCGUAGAAGCUUUAAGGAUAAUGAAAUUUCCGAGGUGAUGAACAUGAUCAUGAUCAUAUAG